AUGACUCUUCACUCACACUCAUUGUCAGUUUAUUCCAGUACCUUUUUCAUAAACCAAGGAGUGAAAGAUUUCUUGCACAUUGUUUAUGCCAUGCUACCCAACUCCAGCCAAGGCACCAAGAUGGAGAUUCCCUGCACCUUUUUUGUGCAAGAAGGAGCACCGCGCUCCCCCUGCUUUGUCAGGCAGAUCUCUUCGUGGGCCAAUAACAGCCUGCAGCCAGCCAACCUCAGUGAGCCCAAUGGCACCAUCGUCCAGGUCAGUGAGCGGGCCUCCAAAAGACCACAGGUAAGAGACCCAUCCACCUCGAUGAGGAUAGUGUCCGAGGGCUGUGAGGUCUCGGGAGGCUCCACAUGGGCGCCCCAAGGUGGCACAGCAUCUGCACAGUUGGCAUUUGUGAGCACCACAUCCUUCCAAAGUUCCUGUGGCAGAUUCUCCACAGACACCCAGUUGCUGCCUUUCACCUGUACCCAAGGCCUCGUCCUCCAGGACGAGGAUGUAGCUGACUCCCCAUUUACUGAACCCCCAAGUCAGUUCCAGGACCCUAUAGGCCAUCAGGUGGAGGAGCUGGAGCAGCCUUACCUGGGAAGCAAGACAAGUCUGCUCCUGGUGCUGCCCCAUGUCAAAGACACACACUCUGUCUUCUCUGGGCCAGAGUGGAGCCCCCAAGCUCCCGUUUCAGCUUCACAUGGCAGCCAGCUUUCCAGCAGGAGAGAGGGACAGUGCAGCAACCUUCAAGGAAUAUUUAGGAGCCAGGAUCAUUUUGACUUAAAAAGCAUUUUCAGUUCUUGGGAAGUCACUGACCUUUUUGAUCCACUCAAAGCUAACUUGAAAGGAAUGUCAGGCCAAGAUGGCUUUUAUGUUUCUGAAGCAAUCCAGAAAGCAGAGAUUGAGGUUUCUGAGGAAGGCACCAAAACACCUGCAGCCACAGACUGUCCGAUUCCUAUUUUUAAAGCAGAUGGGCCAUUCAUCUAUUUUUAGGGAGAAACCAACACAGGUAUUUUUUUUUAAUAGGAUACAA